UCGAGCGGCCACGCGCAGCGCUGCCGCCGCUAUCGCUGCCGCUGCUGCCGAUGACGGUUCCGCGGGGUGUGCAGGCAGCACCCGAGUCCCUGGACUCCAGACGGGAGUGGUGACUGAGUGACAGGGGACCUCUUCCCAGGAGGGUGGUGGAGAACCGCUGGGGUCUUCACUGUGGCGCACGCGAGCUCCGUUGCUUCGAGAUUUCCCACGAACCUUGUCGCCUCUCGGGGCUGACCCAAUCUCAGCACCGGGGCAUCGCCACCAUCGUCAUCAUCUCAGCCAGAUGGACGUCAUGCACCGCGAGUGCAGGUUCAUGCUGGCGUUGAGACACGCAGAGGAGCGCUGCACAGAGGGGCUCUUGGCCACGCGCAAUGACAGCCACGAGCCGGGCUGCGAAGGCACGUGGGACAGAGUCUCCUGCUGGCCACACACCGCCCUGGGCCAAAACGUCACCCUCGCGUGCCCUGACUUCAUCUUCUUUUUCAUCAACAAACAAGGCGCCGUGACGCAGCGCUGCACGGCGCAGGGGUGGACGGAGCCGGAGCCGCCCUACGGAGUGGCGUGCGGCUACGACAACUCGAGCCUGACGGACGUGGACAAGAGGCUGUACUACCUGGCCGUGAAAGAGGUGUACACGGUCGGCUACAGCCUCUCCUUCGCCCUGCUCUCUGCUGCCAUGCUUGUGUUGUGCCUCUUCAGAAAGUUACGCUGCACGAGGAACUACAUCCACGUGCAGCUCUUCGCGUCCUACAUGCUGCGGGCCAGCUCCGUGCUGGUGAAAGACGUCGUGCUCUUCUCCAACGAGGACUCCGACAACUGCGGAUCGCCCACGCCGUGGUGCAAGCUGGCCAUGGUGUUCUUCCAGUACUGCAUCGUGGUCAACUUCAGCUGGCUGCUGGUCGAGGGCCUCUACCUGCACACGCUGCUGCUCGUCGCCUUCUUCCCCGAGCGGACUUACUUCUACUGCUACAUCGCCUUCGGCUGGGGAGCCCCCGCGCUGUGCGCCCUGGCCUGGGUGGCCUCGCGCCUUCUGCUGGAGGACACGGGCUGCUGGGACACGAACGGCAGCACGCUGCCUUGGUGGAUCAUCAAGGGCCCCAUUCUGCUCUCCAUCCUGAUCAACUUCUCCCUCUUCGUGAGCAUCAUCCACAUGCUGCUCAAGAAGCUGAGCUCGCCGCUCGUCAGAGGAGCACGCAGCAACCAUCACUACAAGCGCCUCGCCAAGUCGACGCUGCUGCUCAUCCCGCUGUUCGGCGUCCACUACGCGGUGUUCGCCUUCUUCCCCGACGAGGCGGGCGAGCUGGCGACGCACACGCGCCUCUACCUGGAGCUCGCGCUCGGGUCGUUCCAGGGCUUCGUCGUGGCUCUCCUCUACUGCUUCCUCAAUGGCGAGGUGCAGCUGGAGCUGAGGCGGAAGUGGCGCGGCUGGCGAUCGGAGCGUCUCCUCGUGCGGAGCUCCAAGCAGCAGCGCCACCAGCAUCAGCAGCAGCAUCAGCAGCAGCAUCAGCAGCAUCAGCAGCAGCACGCGGCCGGGAGCGGCGGCAACACGCGGGUCUCGCUGCUGCUGCGCGGCAGCAGCGCGGGCACGCAGCUCUCGUGCAGCCAGCAGGAUCAGACCACCGUGAUGUAG